AUGAAGACCAUCGCUAUCCUCGCUUCGCUCACCAUUGCCGCUGCUGCAACGAUUUCCGACUGCACCUCGAGCAACCUCGCUGGCCUCACCGCGCUCGGCACUAACGCCACGAGCCCGUUUCCUCUCUGCGCUAAGGCCAUCAACAUCAACGCCGCCAAGCUUGCCAACCCGUCGUGGCAGCCGGACGAUCUGUCGGUCCUCGACGCCUUCUACAAGGCGCCUGCGUUAAAGACAUAUUCGCAGCACCUCGUGACGCUCUCUUGUGACGACUACGUCGCUGCUGCCAAGGUGGGCUACGCCGCUUAG